AUGCCUUCUGGAUCAAACAUGAACGACCUGCUGAAGGUGCCCCUGGUGCACGUCCUCACCCUGGCAGCCCUCAGCUUGGCCGAGAUGCUCCCAAAAGCUCCCUUGAUCAGCACUCCUCUGGAAACUGUGGAUGCGCUGGUAGAGGACGUUGCCAAGUUUGUCUGUGUAGUGGAGUCAUACCCUGAACCGGAGAUUACGUGGACACGCAACAGCAUUCCCAUCAGGCUGUUUGACACCCGGUACAGCAUACAGAGGAACGGGCAACUCCUGACCAUUUUGAGCGUGGAGGACAGUGAUGAUGGAGUGUACUGCUGCACGGCUGAUAAUGGGGUUGGAGCAGCUGCGCAGAGCUGUGGGGCUCUCCAAGUGAAAAUGCGACCCAAAAUAACCCGACCGCCUAUAAAUGUGGAAAUAAUAGAAGGGUUAAAGGCUGUUCUUCCAUGCACUACAAUGGGGAAUCCAAAACCUUCUGUUUCAUGGAUCAAAGGAGAAACAGUUGUAAAGGAGAAUGCUCGCAUUGCUGUCCUUGAUUCAGGGAAUUUAAGGAUCCACAAUGUUCAGAGAGAAGAUGCAGGACAAUAUCGAUGUGUAGCCAAGAACAGCCUGGGCACAGCCUAUUCAAAACCUGCAAUGGUGGUAGUGGAAGUUUUUGCCAGAAUCCUGAAGGCUCCCGAAUCCCAAAAUAUCACCUUCGGGUCUGUGGUGACUUUGCGGUGCACGGCGACCGGCCUUCCAGUCCCCACUAUCACCUGGCUGGAAAAUGGGAAAGCUGUUUCUGCAGGGUCUAUAGUGGAAAGUGUCAAGGACAGAGUUGUUGACUCCAGACUGCAGGUGUACGUCACCCGACCUGGCCUGUUCACUUGCCUUGCCACAAACAAACACAGCAAAACUUUUGGAGCUGCAAAAGCUGCAGCAACCAUCAGUGUUUCAGAGUGGAGCAAGCUGUACAAGGGUGAUGCAGGCUACUGCAGCACGUACAGAGGUGAGGUGUGUAGUGCUAUCUUGGCGAAGAAUGCUCUUGUUUUCUUCAACUCCUCCUAUGCUGACCCAGAGGAGACCCAAGAGCUGCUUGUGCACACUGCCUGGACUGAACUGAAAAUGGUGAGUUCAUUCUGUCAACCGGCUGCUGAGUCUCUGCUGUGUAACUACAUCUUCCAGGAGUGCAAUCCCUCGGGAGCUGGGCCAGCUCCAAAACCAGUGUGCAGAGAGAAUUGCCUUGCUGUAAAGGAUCUCUACUGCUUUAAGGAAUGGCUCUCAAUGGAGGAAAACGCUCAGAAGGGGAUUUACAAGCCAGGGCUGAUGCUACUCACUCUUCCUGAAUGCAACAGGCUGCCCAGCCUGCACCAGGACCCCAGCGCCUGCACCCGCAUCCCUUUCUUCGAUUUUAAAAAGGAGAAUAUAACCACAUCGUUAUUGCUAGGAACAAGAAAACCAAAUGGAGACACUCCAAAUCUCCCCCCUCCACCUCCCUUUUCCCCUACGUACUCCAUGACUGUUAUAAUCUCGAUCAUCUCCAGCUUUGCCCUGGUUGUGGUGCUCGGCAUUGUCACCCUGGUUUGCUGCCGUCGGCGAAAGCAGUGGAAAAACAAAAAAAGAGAGUCAGAGACACCGACGCUCACCACUCUCCCCUCUGAACUCCUCUUGGACCGGCUGCACCCCAACCCAAUGUACCAGCGGAUGCCCCUUCUCCUCAAUCCGAAAUUGCUCAGCCUGGAGUAUCCCAGGAACAAUAUUGAAUAUGUGAGAGAUAUUGGGGAAGGAGCAUUUGGGAGAGUCUUCCAAGCGAGGGCCCCAGGGCUGCUGCCGUAUGAACCUUUCACAAUGGUGGCAGUGAAAAUGCUGAAGGAGGAAGCGUCCGCAGACAUGCAGGCUGACUUUCAGAGGGAGGCAGCCCUCAUGGCAGAGUUUGACAAUCCAAAUAUCGUCAAGCUUUUAGGUGUCUGUGCUGUUGGGAAACCGAUGUGCCUGCUGUUUGAGUACAUGGCCUAUGGGGAUCUUAAUGAGUACCUGCGUGACCGCUCGCCCCGCAACCUCUGCAGCCUGCUGCACAGUAGCCUGGAUGCACGGAUCCGCCUCCCCAACCCCCUGGCGCUGUGCUGCACCAGCCAGCUCUGCAUUGCCAAGCAGGUGGCUGCCGGCAUGGCGUACCUCUCUGAGCGCAAGUUUGUCCACCGGGAUUUGGCUACCAGGAACUGCCUGGUGGGAGAGAACAUGGUGGUCAAAAUCGCUGAUUUUGGUCUCUCGAGGAACAUGUAUUCAGCUGACUAUUACAAAGCGAAUGAGAACGACGCCAUCCCCAUCCGCUGGAUGCCCCCUGAGUCCAUUUUCUACAACCGGUACACCACAGAGUCUGAUGUGUGGGCUUACGGGGUGGUGCUGUGGGAGAUCUUCUCCUAUGGCAUGCAGCCCUACUACGGGAUGGCUCAUGAGGAGGUCAUCUACUAUGUGAGGGACGGGAACGUCCUUUCCUGCCCGGACAAUUGUCCCCUGGAGCUCUACAACCUGAUGCGCCUCUGCUGGAGCAAGCUGCCUGCCGACCGGCCAGGCUUUGCCAGCAUCCACCGCAUCUUGGAGCGCAUGUACGAGAGGGCUGUGGCCACCCCAUCGGUCUGA